ACUAGCUAGCGCCCAGACGGCCCGGGCCGUUGGCCUGCGUGUAGCGUGCGACGCAGAGGAGGAGGCGGGUCUUCCGGCCCCACUAAACCAUUUCCGGCGGGAACCGGAAGACCGUCCCAGAUGGCCUCGGGGCGGCCUGUGCGUGGAGCUGAUCUCUGGGGCUGCUAGCCUUCCGGCGCUCUCUGGUCGCCUUAUGCUGCGGGCUGCGGCCGCCUGCCUCCGCUGGGAUCGGCGGCGCUGAAGCGCCGGGGCAGCGUGCGACAUGUCUUCGGGCCUCCGCGCUGCCGACUUCCCCCUCUGGAAGCGCCACAUUGCGGAGGAGCUGAGGCGCCGGGACCGGCUGCAGAGGCAGUCGUUCGAGGAGAUCAUCCUGCAAUAUAACAAGUUGCUGGAAAAGUCGGAUCUUCAUUCAGUGUUGGCCCAGAAACUACAAGCUGAAAAGCAUGAUAUACCAAACAGGCAUGAAAUAAGUCCUGGACAUGAUGGCACAUGGAAUGACAGUCAACUACAAGAAAUGGCUCAGCUGAGGAUUAAACACCAGGAAGAACUGACUGAAUUGCACAAGAAACGUGGGGAGUUAGCUCAGUUGGUGAUUGACCUGAACAACCAAAUGCAGCAGAAGGACAGGGAGAUGCAGAUGAAUGAAGCAAAAAUUGCAGAAUGUUUGCAGACUAUCUCUGACUUGGAGACAGAGUGCUUGGACCUACGCAGCAAGCUUCAAGACCUUGAGGUAGCCAACCAGACCCUGAAGGACGAAUACGAUGCCCUGCAGAUCACUUUUACUGCGUUGGAGGAGAAACUGAGAAAAACUACUGAAGAAAACCAGGAGCUGGUCACCAGAUGGAUGGCCGAGAAAGCCCAGGAAGCCAACCGCCUCAAUGCAGAGAACGAAAAGGACUCCAGGAGACGGCAAGCCCGGCUGCAGAAAGAGCUUGCUGAAGCAGCAAAGGAACCACUGCCAGUUGAACAGGAUGAUGACAUUGAAGUCAUUGUGGAUGAGACCUCAGAGCACACAGAGGAGACCUCGCCUGUGCGAGCUAUCAGCAGAGCAGCCACUAAGCGACUCUCGCAGCCUGCUGGAGGCCUUCUGGAUUCUAUCACUAAUAUCUUUGGUCUGUCCGAGUCUCCCCUUUUGGGGCACCAUUCUUCUUCUGAUGCUGCCAGGAGACGCUCUGUCUCUUCCUUUCCAGUCCCCCAGGAUAAUGUGGAUACUCAUCCUGCUUCUGGUAAAGAUGUGAGGGUACCAACUACUGCCUUAUAUGUCUUUGAUGCACAUGAUGGAGAAGUUAAUGCUGUACAAUUCAGUCCAGGUUCCCGGUUACUGGCCACAGGAGGCAUGGACCGCAGGGUUAAGUUAUGGGAAGCAUUUGGAGACAAAUGUGAGUUCAAGGGCUCCCUGUCUGGUAGUAAUGCUGGAAUUACAAGCAUUGAAUUUGAUAGUGCUGGGGCUUACCUCUUAGCAGCUUCAAAUGAUUUUGCAAGCCGAAUCUGGACUGUGGAUGAUUAUCGAUUACGGCACACACUCACAGGACAUAGUGGGAAAGUGCUCUCUGCUAAGUUCCUGCUGGACAAUGCACGGAUCGUCUCAGGAAGUCAUGACCGGACGCUCAAACUCUGGGACCUUCGCAGCAAAGUCUGCAUAAAGACAGUGUUUGCAGGAUCCAGUUGCAAUGAUAUUGUUUGCACAGAGCAGUGCGUAAUGAGUGGACAUUUUGACAAGAAAAUUCGUUUCUGGGAUAUCCGGUCAGAGAGUGUGGUUCGAGAAAUGGAGCUGUUGGGGAAGAUCACUGCCUUGGAUCUAAACCCAGAAAGGACUGAACUUCUGAGCUGUUCCCGUGAUGACCUGCUGAAAGUCAUUGAUCUGCGGACAAAUGCCAUCAAGCAGACAUUCAGUGCACCUGGAUUCAAGUGUGGCUCUGACUGGACUAGAGUUGUCUUCAGCCCUGAUGGCAGUUAUGUGGCAGCAGGCUCAGCUGAGGGCUCUCUCUAUGUCUGGAGUGUGCUUACAGGGAAAGUGGAGAAGGUUCUUUCAAAACAGCACAGCUCCUCCAUCAACGCGGUGGCAUGGUCUCCCUCUGGUGUUCAUGUUGUCAGUGUGGACAAAAGCAGUAAAGCUGUGCUGUGGGCACAACCUUGAUGGCCUUUAGGAGAGGCGCAGAGACUCGCACAGCCCUGUCCUGUGGGCACAAGUCCUUCCCAAGAAGAGCUCAAGCCAUGUGGCACGGUGGCCUUCCUUGGAUGGGAAUACUGAAAAUAUUGACUCUGCUCUCUAAUGGCCUGGAAGAACCAACACUGAAACAGCCUGACCCUGCAAGUCACCUGGCCGAGGUUUGGGCUCUUGUCCUGUUGGGGUGGGAAACACUACUAGCUCUGAUCUUCCAUACCUCAUUGGGGAGCACAGGGUCCCCACUGGGUCUCCUCACUGGAUGACAGUGCCAAUGACACCCCACAUGUCUGGGUUGGUUCCCAGCUGUGCUUCUCCCAUCCUUCCAGCAUCGGUUCUAYCUGAUGCAUACCCCUCGCCUGGAGGUCCUUUGCCCAGUGGACUUGCUCUAAGCAUUGGCUUAGAGGAAACCCCAAACAUGGGGUCUGGGGUUGUCACGGGGCUCUCGUGAUCUCGUCUUAUUACUGCUGAAACUUGAGGUCUCUUGACUGGUCUUCAGAACCUUGACUCCCUUCCCCUCAGUUCUUCUACGUAUCUACUUUUUGGUCAAGGAAUGAAUAUAAAUUUGGUUAAAAAUCUUUUUGAGAUAGGCAAGGACAUGUGCCAACCUUUUCCAGUGAGGCGGGUUUAUGGCAGAGUUGAAGAAUGUGCUCCCGUAUCACUCUGCAGAUGCCCAGAAGGUGGGUGCUUGCCACGUUCACACUGAUAACAAAGAAUUUAAGACCUCUGAUGUAUUUGCUCCGAAGCUGGUGGUGGUGACUCCAGCCACUGCCCUCUGCCAGACCUGCCUGCGCUGACUUCAGAGUUCAGUGCAUGAAGCCCAGUCUGGGGAGCAUGGCAGUGUUGUGUUCCCUGUUGGGCCAUGAUGAAGGCUGGGACAUUCGUCCUUACCAUUUUACCUGUGUAAGAUUUUAGUUCUGGUCUGGGUGUCCAGAACACCAUGUUUUUAUCACAUUUUAAUUUGCACUUUAUUUUAUUAUUAUUWUUUUUUUCCUUCUACACUUGUUCUCUGUACAGUUAGGGACACGAGUGCCAGAGCAGGAGAAAGGAGUGAGGCAUCUUUGCUCUGACAGGGACAUCGUCUCCAUUCUUCGUCCUUUCCCUGCUUGUGUCUUCCUUUUCGGUUUGCCAUUCAGAGAACUUGCAUUGAGGGGAGUGGAAAUUCACAGCCGGGCACAUCUUUUAUUUAUUUAUGUAUGUUGCCCAACAGAACUUGAUUGUAAAUUUAAAAAAAAAAAACUGUUAUCUUUUCAAAUUGACUGGUUUUUCUGGUAUUUAUUCUUUGUAAAUAAUGGAUAGUACUUUGCUGCUGUGUUUUCUUGUUCAUCACAUCACCUCAUCCCACAGAUCAUCACUCCAUAUAAAGCAUCCAUAUUCCUGUUUCACAUCCUGUGCAAAUCUUAACUGACCUGGGUGAGUUUCUUCAGAACUUCAUCAUUUCUGGUAUAGGAGCCGAACAUCCUGAUCCUCCUACAGGACACCUUUGUCCACAGGGUGUGUGACCUGAUGUGUCUCCUUUGGGCCUUGAGCUGAAGAGGCAUGAAUUGGGGCUCUAGAGUGACUUAUCUGUGGCACCUCAGAUACCUAACAUGCAGGAAGAGCCAACAUGUGAUGUCACCACUCUGAAGGGACACUCAGACAACGUGCAUAGGCUUAGCCCCMAAACCUAAUCUGGUUCCCACAAUCCGGGCUGAAACAGCCAGCCUUGCAAAGUUGAAUGAGCCCUUGCAUUUAUUUUCAGAGAGAAAAGUGAUUCUGAAAAUAGGCCUCUAAUAAGCAUCGCAGUUUCCUCAGAUGACCUUGUUUUUGAGAACUUUGAGGGAAACAGGCAGGGCUGCAUUCUGUUUUUCUGUUUGAGCUCCAUCCCACUCUGAAAGUUCUUCAGUCCUUUAACUGCCACAGCUGACAUAAAAGUGUGGGGUCACACAGCACUGGGGAAAGCAGCUUCUGUUCACCCCGCAGCCUCUGCCUCAGUGCCUGAGGUCUCCUGGUGCCCUCCCACUGCUGCUGCUUCCUCUAGUCCAGGGACCAUGCAGACAUUCCCAGAUAAUUCCCACGUGCCACCAGCAUUCACAGCUGGUUGACUGCUUCCUGGAUGUUUGAGCCAGAGUGCCCCUUGUUUGUAAGUGGCUCCUGCUACAAGACUUGUUUUGGUCCAGACAUUAACAUGUUUUAAAAGCUGAGGAUUAAAGUUUUCUAUGGGGCUGGGGA